AUUUCCUGGUUCGCCGGCGGCCAUUUUGGGUGGAAGCGAUAGCUGAGUGGCGGCGGCUGCUGAUUGUGUUCUAAGGGGACGAAGUGGGGGAAGACGUUUGCUCUCCCGGAACAGCCUAUCUCAUUCCUCUCCUUUGAUUAUCUGUGGCGCGGAGAGUCAGGGCGGCGGCUGCGGCAGCAAGGGCGGCGGUGGCGGCGGCGGCAGCUGCAGUGACAUGUCCAGCAUGAAUCCCGAAUAUGUCAAGAAAAUCAUUGUGGCAGCUUGGUCUUGAUUAUUUAUUCAAGUUACUUCUGAUUGGAGACUCUGGGGUUGGAAAGUCUUGCCUCCUCCUUAGGUUUGCAGAUGAUACGUAUACAGAAAGCUACAUCAGCACAAUUGGUGUGGAUUUCAAAAUAAGAACUAUAGAGUUAGAUGGGAAAACAAUCAAGCUUCAAAUAUGGGACACAGCAGGCCAGGAACGAUUUCGAACAAUCACCUCCAGUUACUACAGGGGCGCCCAUGGCAUCAUAGUUGUGUAUGAUGUGACAGAUCAGGAGUCUUUCAAUAAUGUUAAACAGUGGCUGCAGGAAAUUGAUCGUUAUGCCAGUGAAAACGUCAACAAGUUGUUGGUAGGGAACAAAUGUGACCUGACCACAAAGAAAGUAGUAGACUACACAACAGCAAAGGAAUUUGCUGAUUCCCUUGGAAUUCCAUUUUUGGAAACCAGUGCUAAGAACGCAACGAAUGUAGAACAGUCUUUCAUGACGAUGGCAGCUGAGAUUAAAAAGCGGAUGGGUCCCGGAGCAACAGCUGGUGGUGCAGAGAAGUCCAAUGUUAAAAUCCAGAGCACUCCAGUCAAGCAGUCAGGUGGAGGUUGCUGCUAAAAUUUGCCUCCGUCCUUUUCUCACAGCAGUGAAUUUGCAAUCUGAACCCAAGUGAAAAAACAAAAUUGCCUGAAUUGUACUGUAUGUAGCUGCACUACAACAGAUUCUUACCGUCUCCACAAAGGUCAGAGAUUGUAAAUGGUCAAUACUGACUUUUUUUUUAUUCCCUUGACUCAAGACAGCUAACUUCAUUUUCAGAACUGUUUUAAACCUUUGUGUGCUGGUUUAUAAAAUAAUGUGUGUAAUUCUUGUUGCUUUCCUGAUAUCAGACUGUUUCCCGUGGUUGGUUAGAAUAUAUUUUGUUUUGAUGUUUAUAUUGGCAUGUUUAGAUGUCAGGUUUAGUCUUCUGAAGAUGAAGUUCAGCCAUUUUGUAUCAAACAGCACUACCAGUGUCUGUCACUUUCCAUGCAUAAGUUUAGUGAGAUGUUAUAUGUAAGAUCUGAUCUGCUAGUUCUUCCUUGUAGAGUUAUAAAUGGAAAGAUUACACUAUCUGAUUAAUAGUUUCUUCAUACUCUGCAUAUAAUUUGUGGCUGCAGAAUAUUGUAAUUUGUUGCACACUAUGUAACAAAACAACUGAAGAUAUGUUUAAUAAAUAUUGUACUUAUUGGAAGUAAUAUCAAA